GAUCUGCGCACAUGUGUAAACACAGUUACGUCAUGUGUUGUGUGUUCACGCGGCGAGGGGCGUUCGUCUUCGCGGAAACACACGGAACUGGGGAAUGACACGUAGGCAGGCAAUCAUUGACGUGUACUUCGUGGUCGUUGCGAAAGGCUUACGUGCAUGCGUUCUUUGCCGGACAGAUACGACAAAGGCUGCGAGAAGUUCGUGUUGAGAAGACCGAAGUACGUCCACACAUCCUCGUAAAGGCAGAUUCGAGGCAGCGACACAUCCACGGCCCGAUGGCAUCAGUCAGCAAGAAGACGUUGCUUCUUUUCGACGUUGAUGGGACUCUCACGCUGUCACAGAGGCCGAUCGAGCCGCACAUGAAGGAGUUCCUGCUGCAGAAGGUGAAGCCCAAGGUGACCGUCGGCCUGGUCGGGGGCUCGGACCUCAAGAAGAUAGCGCUGCAGAUGGGCGGGGAGCAAGUGGUCACGGACUUCGACUACGUCUUCGCCGAGAACGGGCUGAUAGCCUACAAGAACGGCGUUGAUCUGGGAUCGCAGAGCAUCCUCAAGUACAUGGGCGAGGCGAAGCUGCAGGCGUUCAUCAACUACUGCCUGCGCUACAUGUCGGAGCUCGCGCUGCCGUGCAAGCGGGGCAACUUCGUGGAGUUCCGCACGGGCCUGAUCAACGUGUGCCCCGUGGGGCGCAGCUGCACCCUGGAGGAGCGCGAGGCGUUCCACCGCUUCGACCUGGAGCACGGCGUGCGCGACAAGUUCGUCGCCGCGCUCCGGCAGGAGUUCCCCGACGCGGGCCUCGUGUUCGCCAUAGGCGGGCAGAUCAGCAUAGACGCCUACCCCGAGGGCUGGGACAAGACGUACUGCCUGCGGCACCUGGAGGCGGAGUGCUUCGAGCAGAUCCACUUCUUCGGCGACCGCACGGAGGCGGACGGCAACGACCACGCCAUCUACGUGGACCCCAGGACGAUCGGGCACAAGGUGUCCAGCUUCGAGGACACCCGCCGGCAGGUGGAGGAGCUGCUGCGACUGUGAGCCCCUGCCGGCGUUCCUUUGACCUCCGACCUCCGCACUUCCACACUGAACAACACUCCAGCUUCGUGACUGGUCGAGUUUCUCACGGGUACAUAUGCCUGCUGACAGCGCACCAAUCACAAUAGGUAGUCCAGUGCGGGAGCAAACGCAUCUUGAAUGUCCUGGCUGGAGACAAGACUUUGUGGUUUUAUUUCUAGGUCGAUUUCAUUUUCAAAACAGAAGAUAUCUGUGCUGUUAAUUUUAUUCAUAAAAAAAAAUAAUUAAAUUAUUUCAACAAAUAUGAAACUUAAAAUAUGUCCCUAAACACAUUUCAAAAAAAAAUACGUAGUCUCAUUUGACAAGACACAUGAUGCACUUGUACAGUAAAAUAAUUAGUAAUGAGCAUGUCUAGAACAGAACUACUAAUAAAAAUUAAAAGUUAUCGCAAUUCACUAUAUAAUCUUGUCCCAUGUCAUGUCGCACCAGGGGAGUUCAUUUCCGCAGUUCACAUUACGUUCUCUUGAAGUUUGUCGCGAAGGGAUAAGCCACUCGGUGAAAAAUUUAAAGAGAAAAAAUGGGUUUGAUACGCUCAGGCUGGUACUGGUGUUCCAACCUAUUUUUUGUCGUUAAGUUGGUCGCCUGAAAGCCUACUUUUUUUUUUUUUUUUGUAAACUUGGCCAAGAGUUAAAAGCACUAAGCCAUCAAAAUACACAGCAUUUUGUCUGCCGUAGAAUAUGUUGACUUGGCACAGGAAAUGCGCACGUAAGUUUUUUUUUUUUUACCAACAGAAAAUAAUUGUUUAGAAGAAGAAAGUAAACACACGCAGAAUUUCGCAGAAGGAACCAAGAUGGUAGGACUGAAACUUGAAACAGCUGGAAGAGUGAUAAGUGAUAACAUUGACAACUCGACGAACACAUGUGUGAACACAGUACAUGUUUUGGAUUUUCUUUAUUCGUCUUCCCUUUCUACGAGACACAAACGCUUUGCAAAGGUACAAGUCUACAAUUCUUCAUGCUGUUUAUUUUAAGUCAACUUAAUGUGUGAAUCAUUUUAAGAAGUUAGUGACACCUCUAGGAGAACAUGUUUGAUAACUGUUGUUUUUUUUUUUUCCUUUUACAGUAUCAAUUUUGCAUUGUAUUUUAUUUUUGUCUUGGAAGGUUGUGUGAUUACUUUGUUUGUUUUUUUUCUUAAGAUCGCAGCUGGUUUUUUAUUCAUUGGUUUAGGAACUACAUGAAGUACGAAUCAUAUAUUGGCUGGAGAAAAGUAUAAAUGUACGCUCCCAUUACUUAGUAAACCACUCAACUAUAUAAAAUGAACAUAUUUGACAUGACUUUGAAAUGCAGGACACUGGUGCUCGAAACGAAAAUUGAAACCUUUGGAAGUGUUACACUUUGUAAUGUGUGUAACACAAUCUCUAGACUGAAGUCAAAGCAUAGUAAACAAAAACGGAUGUACCAUCGUAGAAUGUCCUUGGGCAUUGUUGAGUGCUUAAAGAAAACCAACUUUUAAAGAUGUGCUAUUGAUGUGUCUUAUCUUUAUUGGAUACAACUGCUGUUUAUGCCAACAUUUUGUUUUGGUGGCAAGGAAUGGGUUUUAAAUACAUAUAAUUAUUUUUAGUUAAUUUUAAGGUGUGGAUAUUGUUUUCGAAUAUUUUUAUUUUAUUUUUUCAAUUGUUAUAGAGACACUACAGUGGCGGAUGCAAGGGGUGAUAUAUACCCCCCCACUCCUCCUAAAGUUGGGAAAUAAUUUGCAAAAUAUCAGUGAAGAUAUUAUGUUGCAACUACAACUGUGUGAAAAGCUGUGUUACCUCCUACAACUACUACUCUAGGCCCAUAUGUCAGUGCGUUAGUGGCAAUAGUAAUGACAUUUUUUUGAAUACACGUGCUAAAAUUUAAUUUACUUUUUCCUUCAAAGUCUCUCCCAACCCCAAAAAAAAAAAUUCCUGUAUCCACCACUGCUUGUCUAUGUCUGUCUGUUUGGUUUGGUAUGCACUAGCGGUGGGCCAAAUACCGAUUUUCCUUAAUUCGAAUCCCAAAGAGUAUGUGUACCUCGAAUAUAUCCCUCAAAUCCGAAUCUAAAGCUCAAGGGUCGAAAAUAAAACAAUGCACAAGAUAUAAAACUGUUAACUAUGUUGUUGAAAACAUUCAACAGAAUCAAUACAUAUUGUAAUUUUAUUUAUAUAAUUAAAUGUUAAAUUGCAAUAUCAUGGGGAAUAGUAUAACAGGAAUAGUACGAAAGGGGGGAAAAAACCCUAGCAUACUUCAGAGAUUAUUAUAGUGUUGAAGUUUUUAAUGUACAUUAUUUACUCUAGUAUUUUUAUUUGAAUAUUUUAUCUUGGAUAUUGAAUCCUUACGAAUACUAAGGAUUUGAUGGUAUUUGAGGAUUUGAUUGGUCCAUCCCUAGUAUAUACAUUUACGAGUCAGUUCUUUCAACUUGCAACAGAAUGAAAUAUCUGAUUUUACAAGAUACUGAAUUUUAUUAUUGAUACGGGAUAUGGCAGAUGUCGAAGUUUUGAUGAAGCAUUGAGUAAUUUACUUCUGACUUGUAUUUCCAUGGACUACAUUGCAAGGAUGCUUUGUUCGAAUGCUAAAACACGAUAUGAUAAACUUAACUUUGUGUAACUUAUAAUGGAAAUGAAAAUUGUUUUAUUGUGUUCAAAUGUGUUUUAAAAAAUUAUACAAACCAUGAAUCCGCCUGAGCAUUAAAAUAUUCAAAUGCUA